GAUCGACUCGACACCGGCAAAGGUUCGUCGAAGAAGUGAAGCGAGUUCGCGAACGAUUUUGGUGAACUGUGUACGGUGAUUUCCACAUUUGGAUUUGGAAUUGUACUUUUUGGGUUGACUGAUUGUGAUUUCGCACGGCAAAAUGAUUCCCCGGCCUAGAGGGAAACUGAGAACCGCCGUUUUAAUAUGUGUAGUCGUCGUAGUUUUAGUCCACUUAGCGUCCGCAGAACGAGUUACCAGACGAAGAUUCCGUAGACCAACGUCGAAAGUCGUCACCGAAAAAAGCGUUUCAGUUUCCAAGGACCAAGACGUUUCGUCCAGUGUUAACCGAUUUAGGGUGAGAACCCGGGGUGGAAACCGCAAAUCGUCGUCGGAUAACGCAGUUUCUGCGAACACCAAAAAAGAGAAGAAAGAUGAUGGCUAUAAAGUUGUGUGUUACUACACUAACUGGUCUCAAUACAGACCUAAGAUUGGUAAAUUCACACCAGAAGAUAUCUUGCCGGACUUGUGCACCCACAUCAUCUUCGCCUUCGGAUGGUUAAAAAAAGGCAAGCUCUCCUCGUUUGAAAGUAAUGACGAGACCAAAGAUGGAAAAGUGGGACUGUAUGAGAGAAUUCAAAAAUUGAAAAAGGGCAAUCCUAAAUUGAAGACUUUAUUGGCUAUUGGUGGGUGGUCCUUUGGUACUCAGAAGUUCAAGGACAUGUCUGCCACAAGAUACGCCAGACAAACCUUCAUCUACAGUGCCAUUCCGUUCUUGAGGAACCGUGGAUUCGACGGUCUCGAUUUGGAUUGGGAGUAUCCUAAAGGGUCUGAUGACAAGAAGAAUUACGUUCAUCUGUUGAAAGAACUGAGAGAAGCUUUCGAAGCUGAAGCUCAAGAAAUCAAGAAGCCCACUUUGCUGUUAUCUGCAGCUGUCCCAGUAGGACCAGACAACAUCAAGGCUGGAUACGAUGUUCCAGCAGUUGCUUCUUACUUAGAUUUCAUUAAUUUGAUGGCGUACGAUUUUCACGGUAAAUGGGAAAGAGAAACAGGUCACAACGCUCCAUUGUACUCCCCAAGCAGUGACAGCAACUGGCAGAAACAACUGAACGUUGAACAUGCUGCUAAUUUGUGGGUGAAAUUGGGAGCACCCAAAGAAAAAAUGGUCAUUGGCAUGCCGACUUAUGGUAGAUCAUUUACUCUUCAAAAUAAAUCAAAAUAUGGCGUUCACGCUGCUUCCACCGGUGGAGGAAAAGAAGGAACGUACACUAAAGAAGGGGGCUUUUUAGCCUACUACGAGGUAUGUGAAAUGUUACAAAAUGGAGCAUCCUAUGUGUGGGAUAACGAGAUGAAGGUACCGUAUGCAGUACAAGACGAUCAAUGGAUCGGGUUUGACGACGAAAGAUCCAUAAGAUACAAGAUGAAGUGGAUUAAAGAAAAUGGAUUUGCUGGCGCCAUGGUAUGGACCAUCGACAUGGACGAUUUCACCGGUACAGUUUGCGGGGGAGAGGUCAAAUAUCCAUUGAUCGGUGCCAUGAGAGAAGAAUUGAGAGGUAUCUCUAGAGGCAAAGACGCCAAGGAUAUUGAUUGGGAGAAGGUUGCUGGAGGACCAGUGGACGAAGACGAGGAUGAUGAGGAUGAGGAAGAGAAACCGGCUCCAGUUAAAGUACCCGUGUCCGAAGUGUUGAAGAGGGCUGGAAAACCGGGCAAGAAAAUCAGGAAAGGCGGCCGCGUUAGUAAUAAGAAAGUGCGUAAACCUCAAGUGUUCUGCUACAUCACCAGUUGGUCAAAGAAACGUCCAGGUGCAGGAAAAUUCUUACCGGAGGAUAUCAACCCUUCACUUUGCACACACGUCAUUUACGCCUUCGCUACAAUCAACAAGGACCAUAAACUAGCCGAAGCUGACGAAGACAAGGAUCCGGAAAUGUACGACAGAGUAAUCGAACUUCGGGAGAAAAAUCCCGACCUCAAGGUUUUGUUGGCAAUUGGAGGCUGGGCAUUCGGCUCAACACCAUUCAAGGAAUUGACUGGCAAUACAUUCAGAAUGAACCAGUUUGUGUAUGACGCCAUUGAAUUCCUGCGUGAAUAUAAAUUCAACGGUCUGGACGUGGACUGGGAAUAUCCACGUGGUGCUGACGACCGUGUUGCGUACGUCAAUCUCUUGAAAGAACUAAGAUUAGCGUUCGAAGGGGAGGCUAAAAGCAGCGGUCAACCGCGUCUUCUCCUCACAGCCGCUGUGCCAGCCAGUUUUGAAGCCAUAGCAGCAGGGUACGACGUACCAGAAAUUGCCAAGUAUCUUGAUUUCAUCAACGUUAUGACAUACGACUUCCACGGACAAUGGGAGAGAACCGUAGGUCACAACGCCCCCUUGUUCCCUCUGGAGAGCGCGACGAAGUAUCAGAAGAAAUUAACAGUUGAUUACUCAGCGAGAGAGUGGGUAAAACAGGGUGCGCCUAAAGAGAAGCUCAUGAUUGGCAUGCCAACUUAUGGAAGGAGCUUCGAGUUGGUUAACAUCAGUCAGUUUGACAUUGGAGCACCAGCUAGCGGCGGUGGUACUCCAGGAAAGUACACUAACGAAGCAGGAUUCAUGAGUUUCUACGAAAUCUGCGACUUCCUACAUGAGGAUAACACUACUUUGGUGUGGGAUAAUGAACAGCAAGUGCCUUUCGCUUAUAGAGACAACCAGUGGGUCGGUUUUGAUGAUGAGAGAAGUCUUAAGACCAAGAUGGCAUGGCUUAAGGAAGAAGGUUUUGGAGGCAUCAUGAUUUGGUCCAUAGACAUGGACGACUUUAGAGGAUCAUGUGGAAGUGGCAAGUAUCCUUUGAUCAACGCUAUGAGGCAAGAACUUGAAGGAUACAAAGUUAAGUUAGAAUACGAUGGUCCAUACGAGACUUCCGUGUCUUCCGGACAGUACACAACUAAAGAUCCAAAUGAGGUUGUUUGUGAGGAAGAGGAUGGUCACAUAAGUUACCACGUGGACAAAAACGACUGUAAGAUGUACUACAUGUGCGAAGGCGAACGGAAACAUCACAUGCCUUGUCCGGCUAAUCUGGUCUUCAAUCCGGAUCAAAAUGUUUGUGAUUGGCCCGAGAAUGUCGCCCACUGUGCCCACUUAACGGCUGCACCACCAGCUGAAUAAUUUUGUUUUUAGGAUAAUGCCAAAAAAAUAUGUAGAAUUUUGAGCGUGUAUAUAUAAAUAAUUUAUUAAUCUUUCGGGAUACAUUUUUUUUUUCGCCAAAUUGCUGCGACUGAUUCUUGUUCGAGUUUUUGCAAUGCCAUAAAACAAACGUUCGAUAUGAUUGAAAUUGUGUCUAUGGAUUUGAAAUGUAUUUAUCAUUUAUGUUUAUUUAGUUUUAGAUUAGACGAUAAAAGACAUGAGUUUUGUACAAUUUAUACAUAAUUUUUUAUGUUUUAUGUUUAAAACGUAAACAAAUUGUAAAUAUUAUAUGUUUAAAUAAAUUAUAGUUUAUGUUACAGAA